GUUCAUCCUGACAAGCCUAUCCUCUUACCUGCCAACCAUGCCAAAAAACUUGAAACGGAUAUGCUCUUCGCCAACAACUUCGGCCUGCUCUCCAUCUGCGUGCUGACUGGAACGACAACUAAGGAAGUCCUAGCUGAAGCUCGGCGUGACCUGGGGAACAAGGGAAUCUUGCCGGAUCUCGUUUAUCCAACACUAGUGGAUCUCCACACACAACUUUCGAAGAUGGACGAAAAAUUCAAAUUGACUACCAUUGCAACUGUAGCGUAA